AUGAAACCGACCAACAUGGAUGCCAGUUCAAGCGGUGUGAAGCGAACCGAUGCAAUGAAGAGGAAGUUCUUCUUAUCCAAGAUUCCUGCAAUGAUAGAUCCAAUGCCAAAUUUUCUUUCGAGAUGUAACAAGAAGUCUCGAUUCGAAUUUAUUGAUGAAGCUUUGAGGAUCGUUAACUCCGAAGAGAUAAUUUCCGAGACUCCUGAUGUUACUGGGCCUUUGCGAAGAAAAGGCUCAUCGCUCUGCGAACGACGAGCAAUUGAACUUCUUAAAGACAACAGCGCCCACUUGUCAGAGCUCUUGCGAAAAAGCCAAGAUGAUUUGGCCGAUUCCAUCAGUGAUGAUGAGAGCGACUUGGAGGACUGA